AUGAAAAGUCUCAAGCGAGGCCUCGCCGCUGAUGCAACUGCUGGCAAUAUUUCCAGCAAAGUCUUUAUUCGGUCGACCAAAAGCGGUCGAGUCCAGAAAGUCGUGAGAGAACAGUAUCUGAGAAAAGACAUACCCUGUUCGUCGCAAUUGUGUACUGCUUGCGCUUCCACUGCCGCGCCCGACGCCAAUGGAGCUGUCCCCAACUUUGUCCUAUCGAAGCGACCGAUCGGCACCAAAACCUUUACCCACGGCCACUACCUUGUUCCCGAUACCAAUGUCUUGCUUAGCGCAAUGGACCUCCUUGAAGAACCUGCUCACUUUCACGACGUUAUUGUAUUGCAGACGGUUCUAGAAGAGUUGAAGAAUAGGAGUCUUCCUCUUUACAACAGGCUGAUGGCGUUGGUGCAAAGUGAUGACAAGCGUUUCUAUCUUUUCUUCAACGAAUUCCAUCUGGAGACCGCGGUACGACGUGAGAGUGGCGAGUCUAUCAAUGACCGGAACGAUCGUGCUGUGAGAAGAGCGGCACAAUGGUACACUGACCAUCUAUCGAAAGUGACCAAGAAAGCCCCAACAAUCGUCGUCCUCACCAAUGAUCAGGAGAAUAGAAGAAAGGCACAGGCAGAGAAUUUGAUAGCUCUAUCACUCCGGGAAUAUGUCGAGGGAUUAGAUGAUGCCGAUCGAUUACUCGACAUGGUAAGCCAAGGUGCCGAUGCUCAAGAAGUCCGCGCUGCCCAGGGGCAGCUCUUCUAUCCAGAGUAUUACUCCAUGUCAAGGACGAUGACAGGAAUCAAGGCUGGAACUUUACAUCAAGGGGUUUUCAAUGUUUCUCCCUACAACUACUUGGAAGGAACAGUGAAAGUCCCCGCAUUUGACAAGCCAUUACUGGUUCUUGGAAGGGAGAGCAGUAAUCGAUCUAUAUCUGGCGAUGUCGUCGUGGUUGAGAUUCUGCCAAAAGACCAGUGGAAAGCCCCUUCGACUCAAAUCCUUGACGAGGAAACGAUCAAUAAAAACGACAAUCCGGAGGACGAGGAACAAGAGGAGACCGUGGUUACGGAGAAUGAGAGACGUGCUCUCCAGGAAGAGGUUCGCCGUGCACACAUUGCCGGUGCAGAGACAAAGGCUCAACCAACCUGCAAAGUAGUCGGGGUUAUCAAAAGAAAUUGGAGACAGCUGGUCGGAACCAUCGACACGGCGUCUGGUAGCACGUCUGGAAACAGACAGACCACUGUCUUUUUGAUUCCAAUGGACAAGCGCAUUCCCAAAAUUCGAAUUCGGACACGUCAGGUUGAUGAGUUGAUAGGCAAGCGGAUUCUUGCAACGAUUGAUUCAUGGGAUCGAGACACCAGGUAUCCAAUUGGGCACUACAUUCGCUCCCUCGGAGAACUAGAGACCAAGGAUGCCGAAACUGAGGCGUUGCUUCUUGAAUAUGACGUCCAGUACCGACCAUUUCCAAAGACAGUUUUGGACUGUCUGCCUACAGAGGGUCACUCCUGGAGGGUCCCGUCUGCUUUGUCAGAUCCUGGCUGGCAGGGCCGUCAAGAUCUCCGACAUCUAUCUGUGUGCUCGAUCGACCCUCCUGGAUGUCAAGACAUCGAUGACGCCCUCCAUGCAAGAAAGCUUUCGAAUGGAAACUUUGAAGUGGGCGUUCAUAUUGCAGAUGUUUCCCAUUUUGUCAAACCUAAUAAUGCGAUGGACGCCGAGGCUUCCGCUCGUGGUACAACCGUCUACCUGGUCGAUAAGAGGAUUGAUAUGUUGCCUAUGUUGCUCGGGACGGAUCUGUGCUCCCUCAAACCCCAUGUGGAAAGAUACGCAUUCUCCACCAUAUGGGAGAUCACACCAGAUGCCGAGGUGGUAACAUCUUCAUUCACCAAAUCUGUGAUUUUGUCCAAGGAGAGCUUCUCCUAUGAACAAGCUCAGAAACGCAUUGACGACCCAAGUGCAACGGAUGAGCUGACCCAAGGCAUGCGGGUCUUGUUGUCGCUCUCCCAAAAGCUUCGUCAGAAGAGGAUGGACGCUGGAGCGUUGAACCUGUCCAGCCCUGAAGUCAGAAUUGAAGCAGACAGCGAAUCUCCGGAUUCUCUUGCCGAUGUGAAGACCAAGGCGAGUUUGGCCACUAACUCUCUGGUCGAAGAAUUUAUGCUUCUUGCCAACAUCACGGUUGCAAGGAAGAUCCAGUCGGUCUUCCCUCAAACUGCUUUGCUGCGCCGACAUGCGACACCCCCAGCCUCGAAUUUUUCAAACCUCAGUGAGCAGUUGAAGAAGAUGCGUGGGUUUGAACUGGACGUGUCAAGUUCAAAGGCACUUGCAGAUUCAUUGGAUCUUUGUGUGGAUCCUAAGCAUCCAUUCUUCAACACCUUGAUUCGAAUCAUGGCCACACGAUGUAUGACGUCGGCUGAAUACUUCUGCAGCGGAUCACAUGCAGAACCGGAAUACCGACAUUAUGGUCUCGCUAGUGAGAUCUACACCCAUUUUACAAGCCCCAUUCGCCGGUAUGCUGAUCUGCUUGUCCACCGUCAGUUGGCGUAUGCAAUUGGAUAUGAUGGCCAAGGGAGCGAAGUCGUCGACUUUGACCUUCGAAACAAGCGCAAGUUGGAGCGAGUCUGUCAGAAUCUCAAUUUCCGUCAUCGAAAUGCUCAACUAGCAGGCCGCGCCAGUAUCGAGUACUACGUCGGGCAGGCACUCAAAGCACGAGCUGAGAAAUCACCAAAAGCUGCCAUCGAUGUCGACGGGUAUGUGAUGCGAGUGUUCGAAAACGGUAUGGUGGUCUUCGUGCCGCAAUUCGGCAUCGAAGGACUGGUUCGACUUGAGGAUUUCCACUUGAAUUCCGCCGAGGCCUUCAAACGUGAGAGCAAGUUUGACGGAGAGUCGUACCAGCUCACGGUCUUCGAGAAGGGCCACGAACAAGAUGGGGUCACAGUUGAGCUGUUUCAGCAACUAAAGGUUCGAGUGAGCUCGGAAGAGAAGAGUGGUGCAAGAGACAAGGGAAAGAGAAGAGUCCGAAUGGUGGUUCUACCGGCGAAAUGA